CAUCAAGAGUUUGAUAAUCAAUAGUUUGAGGUGUUUGGAAUAUUGGAUACAUUGUUAAAAUAUUGUAAAGCAAGUAUUUGAGAAGCACUUGUGACUUUUUUCAUCAAGUGUUUACAUCACACGUGUUUGAAUAUUGGAAACGAGAUUUUAAUUGUUAAGACAGCGUUGCCACUACAGUAAUGGUGAAUGACAAAGAGGUGAAUGUGUGGACCAUUACGGUGGAGGACCGUACUGGGAAGGUGAAAGUCAGCCUGUGGCGCAACAUUGCAGCAGAGCCUGUGGUGUUGGGGGAUGUUGUUGCCAUCACCAAUAUUGUUGUCAACAGCAAGAGAUAUAACAAUGAGGAAUCCCUGUCGUCAACACAAUUUACAAAGAUAGAGGUUACUGACAUGCCAAACACCGAGAUGACGGCCACCAUUCUAGGACUUGACCUGGGUGAUGUGGAAUCCCAGUUACUCACAGAACAGGAUGGAAUCUUCAAUGUAUCAAACGAAGUGCUAGUUGCAGCCUUUCAGUGUCAGUUGGAAGACAUUACAGCCAAACUAUCAAAAACACUGAAUUUCAUAGCCAAAGGACAGUCUGUGGUCACCUUUAAUGAGUGAAAAAUCAUGUUCAAAGUUUAUAGUUUAGAGAUGUUUACUUUUCAUACACUGGAGCAUGACAGUCUGUGGUCACCUUUAAUGAGUGAAAAAUCAUGUUCAAAGUUUAUAGUUUAGAGAUGUUUACUUUUCAUACACUGGAGCAUUCAUAGUGUUGCCUGUUAUAUCAUUCCAUCACCAAGAAUUACCAAACUUGCUAGCUCUUGACCUGGGUGGUGUGGAAUCAAGCUUAGUCACAGAACAGGAUGGAAUCUUCACUAAAUCGAACGAGGAUCUAGUUAUCACCUAGGAUUACCAAACUUAGUGUGAGGAUGCAUAUAUUGAAUGCAGCGUUCCACUUUCAUCAGUUUCAUGUCCUUCUGACGUUGACCUUUACAUUUGAUCUUCAUUAUUUAGAGUAAUAUUCUUGAUGAAAAUUCACUUUAUUUAUCUUUAAAAAUCUAUCUUUGUCUGUUAGAGGACAUUACCUAUCUGUCAUUGAUGUGACAGAUUGAUGCAUUAUUUGAUGUGAAAGUGGCGUAUUUUACCUAUCAUAAAAGUCAUUUGAAUUCAAUUUGAGAAUUUUAUUUCUCAUAGUUCCUGCCCACAACUGUCAAUCAUUAUGUGAACCACCAGCCGCGUUUCACAAUUUUACUUUAAAGGUACCAGUAUGAAACAAGAGCAGCAAUGUGCCAAUCAACCUCUUGUGUACUUUUUAAUUGGCCAAUUGUAAAGCACGCAACGGUUCGUAAACUAAUUUACAAUCUGGGGUGGGAAUCAUGAGGCAUUAAAAUCCUCACACUUUAUUCAUUUUGGUGUAAUUAGGGACCCCCACACAUCAAUGUGGGAGCCCUAUAGUAAUCACCCUGUUUGUCUGUCCGUCCAUUCCUUUUUUGUUUUUCUUCCAUAACUUCAGUAUUUCUUAACACAUUAUCCCCUAUGCUAUAUUUAGAUUCCGACGUCAUUUUUAUAUUUUUAGCUAACCAAAAAUAAUCUUGAAGGCUUGAAGUAUCGGUUUAUCUCAAUGGUUUUAAAGGCAUUAUGGGAUAUAGAGCAGUUGCUCCUAAGGAGCAAAUGCUCUAUUUCUCACAAUUUCUUCAAACAUCAGCCACAAUAAUUGUGCAAUAAUGUGUCUCUAGGAGAUAAUGAGUUAAUGGAAUUUGAUAAAACUUCAUACAAUAGUAAAGCUCAAUGGGAAGAAAUGCAGUGUACAAGAACCAUAGCUCUAAUUUACCUAAUUAUGGAGUUAUUGACCUUUGUUACUUUGUCUUGUCCGGAACAUAACUUGAAAACUACUGUAUGGAAUUUCAUAAAACAUCAUACAAUGGUAAAGUUCAAUGAUAGGAAGUGCAGUAAUUUGCUUAAUUACAGAGUUAUUGCCCUUUGUAACUUUUUCUUGUCCAGAGCAAAACUUGGAAACUACUGGAUGGAAUUUCAUAAUACUUCAUACAAUGUUAAAACUCAAUGAGAUGAAGUGCAGUGUACAAGAACCAUAACUCUUAAUUUGCUAAUUAUGGAGCUAUUGUCCUUUGGUACUUUUACUUGUCUGGAGCAUAACUUGAAACCUACUGGAUGGAAUUUCAUAUUUACUUCAUACAAUGGUAGAGCUCACUUGGUCAGAGUUCUAGUUCAAUUACAUAUUGUAGGAAAAAAUCUACCUCUUUUACUAAAAAUGAUUUCAUCUAUAACGUUUUUGGUCAUUACUUUUACCAGACGAUAUAGGUUUUUUUUCGUGUUUGAAAGAUUGAAUAUUCAUCAGCAGAAUUACUUUUAAAUCUUUGUCAGUGGUCCGACUAUUUUGCCACAUUAUAAAACUGUAUGCUUGAGGUAAAUACCUAUUUCAAUUGAGCAGCUUGCAGUUUGAGUAAACAUUUCUUUAUUAUGAUGCUCAUGCAGUGAUAGGGAGUGACAUCCUUCUGUUGGGAAUAGUGCUCCUUGUUUUUCAGAACCUAUGGGUACUAUGUAAAAACAAAAGGCAUCUUGCUUGAAUAGACUGUAAUAAUAUCAACAUGGUUAGAAAAGAAAUGCCAUGCUUUAAUAGCUUUGAUUACAUUUUACUACUGAAUUACCUCCCUUUAAUAGAAAAAAAAUAAUGUCUUAAUUUUUCACGUAUAGCAUCUUUAAAUAAUUUUUAAACAAUAAUAAUUUAUGAGUAAACAUAUAAGCAUAAAGUUCUCACAAAAAGAUCAAUUUAAAAACCUUACAUUUAUACAUAGGAAAGUAUAUAUAGACUGAACAUUAAUUUUCGUUUAAGUGACAUUCUGAAAGUUUAUGAAACAGCUAUUUUUAGUAACUUAAAUGGCCGAAAAGUGUGAAACACCAAGUCGAUUCUAUCUCGUCAGUUCUUGUUCAGGUUAGAUAUUUGCUUCAUAAUCUAUUCAGAUUAAAUGUUAACCGAUGAUCAGAUUUUGAUGAAACUUGACAGAAAUGUUCCUUUGGUGGUCAUUAACCAAAAUUUGUUAAAUGGUUCCAGUCCACUGCACACCAUGGCUGCCAGAGCUAAAAAAUAAAAAAAACUUUAUACGACUUGUCGUCGAAACCGAUGACCUUUUUUCGAUAAAACUUGACAGAAAUGUUUGUUUGGUGCUCCUUUACUCAAAUUGCCCAAAUCAUUUCGGUCCACUGCACAACAUGGCAGCCAGAGCUAUUAAAGUAAAAAAAAAAUUCAAAUAACUUCUCCUCAAAAAUUGAUGAUUGUAUUUCUAUGAAACUUGACGAAAAUGUUCGUUAGGUGGUCUUUGCUUGAACCUUUUGGCCAGUGGAGCACAGGCACUGAUGUGCCUCUUGUUUCUUCAUCUCAUAUCUUCAAAGGCUUAGAAAAAAUAACCCCUCCACUCCCAGGCCAAGUGUGCACAUGAAAACUACUAUAUUUACUUCCAACUUAAAACACUUCCCCAACCUUUGGUGAUAAAAUCUAUGGAUUGAAUUUCAAACAGUUUGGAUCUAGAUGAAACUUUAGUUACUAAGUGUCUUGUACAGGCUCAAGCCAUAUUCAUAAAGCUCCUAAGGAAAAUCUUAAACUUAAGUGAACAUUUCCAUUGCAGAUUUCUCACUUUUUUACCCAUAAU